UGCUGAUUGCUCACGUGAUCUCAACGUGUUGUGUGAGUCUGUGAGAUUUCAAGGAUCAAGUCAACAGUACUUCUCUCAUGGGAAGGAAGAAGAGAAAGAACCUAAAGCCAUGGUGCUGGUAUUGCAAUAGAGAAUUUGAUGACGAGAAGGUUCUGAUAGGACACCAAAAGGCCAAACACUUCAAGUGUCACAUAUGCCACAAGAAGCUAUACACUGCUCCUGGCCUGGCCAUCCAUUGCUCUCAAGUCCACAAGGAGACCAUUACCAAAGUACCUAAUGCUUUAUUGGAUAGGAGUAUAUUGGACUUUGAAAUAUACGGGAUGGAGGGAGUGCCCGAGGAAGCCAGAAGAAUGAGGGAGAUAGAGAAAUAUGGCUCAGCUAGUGAUGAUGGCCCUGAUACCAAGAGACUCAAGACUGAUGGCCUAGCAGCAGGGGUGAGUCCUGUACCAGUAGGUGAUGGUUUAUUUCCAGCUGGUCCCCCUGGCCUGUUGCCUGGUGUCCCCCCUGUCCUCAUACCUGGCAUGCCUCCCAUUGUGCCAGGAAUGAUUCCAGCUCCUCCUAGAGGAAUCCCAAUGGUCCCUCCUGCAAGCGCUCCAACAAUGACCCAACCAUUAUUCCCUAGUGCUGUGGUACAGCCUCCUACUUCAGCUCCCCCUAUCGGCACUACUAUCACAUCAUCAGAUAAUUCAGUGGCUACUCAUAAAGAGGCAGCUGCAUCUGCUGCUGAGAGCAUACUAAUGACUGCAGCUCUAGUUGUUCCACUACCAGAGAAUAGCCUCCUCAUGCAUCCUAAGCAAGACCUAUCAAUGGAAGAGAUAAGGUCCCUUCGUGCCAAGUAUAAUAUUCCUUCAGCUAAUUCCAUGGUGCAUUCUUCAUUGUCGUUGUCACGACCUCCUCCCCCUCCAAUGGGAGGGAUGCCCACUAUAAGACCAGGGAUGGGACCUCUUCCCAUCAGUUUUUCUAUUAGACCACUCCAGCAGCCGCCACUUCAUGGAGUGAUGCCCCAAUGAGCAAUAGACAUCCCACACACAUACCAACUACUCAUGCGCGCACACACACACACAAACACACACACACAAUGUGUAAUUGUACUGUAAAAAGAACAAAAGCUUUUUAUUAAAGUCAUUAAAAAUA